GAGGGUCAGGGUCCCCAAGUCUAGGCGCCCCGAGCCCAAGAGGCGCCCGAAGCGCGGCCCGGUGACUGGAGGCUGCGGGAUGUCGCGACCUAAAAUGGUGUCCGUGUCCGGGGGCGGGGGCGGGGGAGCUGGGCCUGGCCGGAGCGGAGCCUGCACCCCGACUGGGUGCGGGUCAGCGUCCGGGCCCGGGCGGGACUCGGGCUCGCGCCCCGGUCCGCUGCGCGCCUUCGGCUCACUCGCGUCUCGAGGGAUCCUCGGGAGUCUGCGGGAGGAGGAGGCUGUGCUGCGCCGGGACGAGGGGAGGAGGUCGGAGUUGGGACGGACCCCGGUCGGAGAGCUGCGAGUCACGCAAAGACCGUCCCCUCCCCACUCCUCUCUUUCCACGCGCCUUCCCUACUCCUGUGAAGUCCUGGGCCGGGAGGUGCUGUGCGGCAGAUCCCGUGGGGCCUGGCCUGGCCGGCCCCCGUCCUUCCCUCCGCACGCCUGUGGGAGCGAGAGAAGCGCGGUGCGCCUCAGUUUCCCCAGCGGCUUUUCCUCUGUACACCCCGCCCCCUCCUCGAAACCCCGGACAUCUCCCCGCGCCGGCCCUCGGCAGAUGGCAGGGACUUAAUUCCACCCGCUGCCCAGCUUGGCGGCAGCCUAAUCGCCCCCGGCCGCCGGCCCCUCGCCCUCCUCUGCGCUGCAGGCCCCGGGCCAGGGGAAAGGGCAGUGGAGCCCCCUCCCGACCCAGGCCAGUUCACCCUCUUCCUGUUCAGCCCCUUCCUUUGGUGUUUGGGGAAGAACAGAAGGAAAGGGUUGGGGGGAGGGCCGGAGCCCAAGAGUUCGGGCACAACGGCCGCAGAAAAGGCCUCAGCCGUGGGGUGGGGGGGAGCCUCUUUGGCCUUGAGCUCCCGCUGCUUGCUGGACUGCCCGCUCCUGGCUAUCCUGGCUAUCGCAUGACCUCUAAGUCACUUGGACGCCAAAGGGGGAGUUGCUUGGGGAGGGUGAGUGGGCAUAUGUUUCCUUGUAGUCCCCAGUGAUCUGUGCUUCACCAACCCGCUUUUCUGGUGGCCAGGGUGGAAGGUAGCUCGGGUUUCUCCUGUUGGGGAGACAGCCAGGCAGAGGAGGGCCCUGGCUCUCCAUCAGGGCAGAGGCAAGGGAUGGAGGGCUGUGUUUAAACCCAGAAACUGCAGAAUUAAGUAGGGGGUGAUGAGGGGAAACUUCCCUUUCUUUCUCUAGUUGGUACCCUCUUCCUCUACCCUACCUUCCUCCCAGCAUUGCCAGCUGCCACCUGCUGGGACUGUCUUCCAGUUUCGGUCUAAAGGCUGGCAGGAGUUUUAGGGUUUGGCAGACUUCCACCAGCUCCCUAGGAUUUGCGCAGCGGUAAAGGUGUGCCCAGGUCACGUUGUGUGCAGGUCCUGAGCAGGUUGGGGACCCGCUGCCAUGGGGGACAUGAAGACCCCUGAUUUCGACGACCUCCUUGCUGCCUUUGACAUCCCUGACAUUGAUGCGAAUGAAGCCAUCCACUCUGGGCCAGAAGAAAAUGAGGGGCCCGGAGACUCAGGGAAGCCAGAACCCAGCGUAGGGGGUGAAUCUGGAGAGGCAACAGCAGCAGCUGCCCGGGAUGGCCCCGAGAUUCCAGCCCAGGCCUCUGAUCAUGGCCUGCCACCCCCAGACAUCUCAGCAGUCAGCGUCAUUGUCAAGAACACUGUGUGUCCCGAGCAGCCUGAGUCCCCGGCUGGAAGUUCAGGAGGGGACGGGACCCGGGCUGUGGGGGUGACUAAGGAAGGGCCUGUGGGAAAUCGUCUGAUGCAGAAUGGUUUUGGGGGCCCUGAGUCAUCCCUUCCAGGUACACCCCACUCUCCAGCUCCUCCCAGUGGGGGUACCUGGAAAGAAAAAGCCAUGGAAGGCAAAGCUCCUUUGGACCUUUUUGCUCAUUUUGGGCCUGAGCCAGGGGAGCACCCUGAUCCCCUCCCUCCCGCUGCACCCUCCCCGCCUCAGGAAGGGGCCAUGACCCCACCUCCUUUCUCUUCUCCCUUUGAGCUGUCCCGGGAGAAUGGCCCAGCCUUGCUGUCGUCUGGUUCUCCCCCACCGCUGGGGACCUUGAAGCAAGACGGCUGCAGCCCCAUUCAUCCUCCGGGCCUAGCCGGGCUAGGCUCUGGCUCUAGCCCUGAGGCCAUGGACAUUCCUGCCGGCGCCUCACCUCCCCAGGUUGCAGGGGUGCCCUUCUUCAAGCAGUCUCCAGGGCAUCAGAGCCCUCCUGCCUCCCCCAGAGUGCCCCGCUGUCAGCCCCUGAAGGAAGAGGAGGAGGAGGAGGGGCCGGUGGCCAAGUCUUCCCCCAGAAGUCCCCAGAGUCCCUCUAGUGGAGCCGAGGCUGCAGAUGAGGACAGCAACGACUCCCCUGCCUCUUCCAGCUCCUCAAGGCCUCUCAAGGUGCGGAUCAAGACCAUUAAAACGUCCUGCGGGAAUAUCACAAGGACGGUAACCCGGGUCCCGUCAGAUCCCGAACCCCCUGCCCCCUUGGCCGAAGGGACCCUCCUAGCUGAGGCUGGCCUCCUGAAGCUAUCCCCCGCGCCCCCGACCCCUGAGGGUCCAAAGGUGGUGAGCGUCCAGCUGGGUGACGGUACACGGCUAAAAGGCACCGUGCUUCCUGUGGCCACCAUCCAGAACGCAAGUACGGCCAUGCUGAUGGCAGCCAGCGUGGCCCGCAAGGCCGUGGUUCUGCCUGGAGGUGCUGCCACCAGCCCUAAGACGAUGGCUAAGAAUGUGCUAGGUCUGGUGCCCCAAACAUUGCCCAAGGCCGAGGGGCGGGUGGGGCUGGGGGCUGGGGGGCAGAAGGUGAACGGUGCCUCGGUGGUGAUGGUGCAGCCCUCCAAGCCGGCCCCCGGGCCCGGGGUGGGCGGUGGCACGGUGAUCUCGCGGACUCAGUCUAGCCUGGUGGAGGCCUUCAACAAGGUCCUCAAUAGCAAGAACCUGCUGCCUGCCUACCGGCCCAACCUGAGUCCUCCGGCCGAGGCCGGGCUGGCCCUGCCUCCAACCGGCUACCGCUGCCUUGAGUGUGGGGAUGCCUUCUCACUGGAGAAGAGCCUGGCAAGGCACUAUGACCGCCGGAGCAUGCGCAUCGAGGUCACCUGCAACCACUGCGCCCGCCGCCUGGUCUUCUUCAACAAGUGCAGCCUGCUGCUGCAUGCCCGAGAGCACAAGGACAAAGGACUCGUCAUGCAGUGCUCACACCUGGUCAUGAGGCCCGUUGCUCUGGACCAGAUGGUGGGGCAGCCGGAUAUCACGCCCCUGCUGGCUGUCCCUCCUGCCCUCGGACCUCCAGCCUUGCCUGCCCUGGGCAAGGGGGAUGGGGCCAUCACCGCUGCCAUUACCGCAGUUCCUGCCGAGGCCCCUGUGCUGCCGCUCUCCUCCGAGCCCCCUGCUGCCCCUGCUACCUCGGCUUACACGUGUUUUCGCUGCCUGGAGUGUAAGGAACAGUGCCGGGACAAGGCAGGCAUGGCUGCCCACUUCCAGCAGCUUGGGCCCCCCGCCCCUGGGGCCAACAGCACUGUGUGCCCCACCUGUCCCAUGAUGCUCCCCAAUCGCUGCAGCUUCAGCGCCCACCAGCGUAUGCAUAAGAACCGGCCUCCCCACGUCUGCCCUGAGUGUGGGGGCAACUUCCUGCAAGCCAAUUUCCAGACCCAUCUCCGGGAGGCCUGUCUGCAUUUGUCUCGCCGUGUGGGAUACAGGUGCCCUAGCUGCGCAGUGGUGUUUGGGGGUGUGAACUCCAUCAAGUCCCACAUCCAGACGUCGCACUGCGAGGUUUUCCACAAGUGCCCCAUCUGCCCCAUGGCCUUCAAGUCUGCACCCAGCGCCCACGCCCACCUGUACACCCAGCACCCCAGCUUCCAUGCGCAGCAGGCCAAGAUGAUCUACAAGUGCGCCAUGUGUGACACGGUCUUCACUCACAAACCCCUCCUCUCCUCACACUUCGACCAGCACCUGCUGCCCCAGCGUGUCAGCGUCUUCAAGUGCCCGUCUUGUCCUCUGCUUUUUGCCCAAAAAAGGACCAUGCUGGAUCAUCUCAAGAACACCCAUCAGUCCGGGCGCCAGGGGGAGGACACUGCUGGGAAAGGGGCCGCGGGUGCCCUAACGACCCCCAAGGCUGAGCCCGAGGAGCUGGCCGUGUCUCGGGGAGGAACAACCGUCCCCACUGAGGAGUCGUCUUCAUCCUCGGAAGAGGAAGAACUACCCAGCUCCCCCUCACCCCCUCGCCCAACCAAACGGCCCCGGCGGGAGCUAGGGAGCAAAGGCAUCAAGGGUGGUGGGGGCGGGGGCCCUGGAGGCUGGACCUGUGGCCUUUGUCACUCCUGGUUCCCCGAGCGAGAUGAGUACGUGGCUCACAUGAAGAAGGAGCAUGGCAAGUCUGUGAAAAAGUUUCCCUGUCGCCUGUGCGAGCGCUCCUUCUGUUCCGCCCCCAGCCUGAGGCGCCACGUCAGGGUCAAUCAUGAGGGGAUCAAGCGAGUUUACCCAUGCAGGUAUUGCACAGAGGGAAAACGCACCUUCAGCAGCCGCCUGAUCCUGGAGAAACACGUCCAGGUUCGGCAUGGCUUGCCACUUGGGUCCCAGUCCCCUGGCCGGGGUAGCACCCUGGCUCGGGGCCCCGGUGCCAGAGCCCAGGGGCCAGGACGGAAACGCCGCCAGUCCUCUGACUCUUGUAGUGAGGAGCCUGACAGCACAACACCCCCGGCCAAGUCCCCCAGGGGUGGGCCCAGCUCAGGAGGCCACGGGCCCCUGCGUUACCGGAGUGGUGGCUCAGUGGAGCAGAGCCUUAUGGUGGGGUUGAGGGUGGACGGCGGUGCCCAGCAGUGCCUCGACUGUGGCUUGUGCUUCGCCUCCCCAGGCUCGCUGAGCCGGCACCGUUUCAUCAGCCACAAAAAGAAACGGGGUGUGGGUGGUGCCAGUGCCCUGGGCCUGGGUGAUGGGGAAGAGGUCCCUCCUCCACUGAGGUCUGAUCCAGAGGGUGGAGAGUGCCCCUUGCCUGCCUCUGGGGGCCCGCUGACCUGUAAGGUCUGUGGUAAGAGCUGCGACAGCCCCCUCAACCUCAAGACCCAUUUUCGCACACACGGCAUGGCGUUCAUCAGGGCUCGGCAAGGGGGCAGUGGGGACAACUAGGCCUGGGCCUGAGUUGACCAGCCCUCUCCCCUCCCUUUUUGCCGGGAGCCUGGGUCACUGCUGCUGUGUGGUCCCUGGACUAGGGAUUUCAUCCUAAUUCACAUUUUGUUCAGCUCCUCACCCCCAUCCCCCAAACACAACAGGCUUUUGAGGAUUAUAGUGGUUUGCAGUCCCCUUUGGGUUUGGCCCGUGGGUCCUAGUAGAAUGGGCCCUCCAUUCCUCCUUUCUGAGCCCAACACUAAUUACUCUCCUGCUGCAGACCCCCGAGGUGGGUCUGGGGGUGGGAGGAGGGACUUUCCUAGGCCACUGGGGCCCUCAGGAUGCUUCUCCACCCUCAAGGGCCUGGCCCUGCCCCUGUACCACCCCUCAGACUCCCUGGCACUUGAGCCCCCGACCCCUGCAGUGCCUUUCACUUUUUUUUUUUUUUUAAUCCAGAAAUCCAGAGGGGGUUGGUGGGGACGAGUGUUGUCAAGGGAGGGCCCAAGGGAGAGGAGUGGACAGGCUCUCAGGAAUCCUUUAUUCUUGUAGUAAUAAUACUAACAGUGGGGAAAUGGGAGGGAGAAAACCAGACCAUUAAAACUGCUCAUGGUUUAAUCCCCA